AGACUGAUCGACAGAGCCACAUAUACAUUUGGAGGAUGGAGUUCAUCUUCAGAUAUUUCCAACAGGUUAGAAGAGUGAUGACCAUCCUGUUCGUUACUAUGGUUAUUUCAUACUUCAGUUGCAUGAGAGCUGCGCCCAUGAGAGAGAUCCCGGGCGUGCAGGGGGGCCACCGGGCCGAGGGCUACCUGGGCGCCGCUGCCACCGCCGCCGCUGCCGUCACCUCAGGCAGCCGAGGCCACGGGACUCCACAGAGUGGGGGCGGGCUGCCCUCGCUCACGGACACUUUCGAGCAGGUGAUUGAGGAGUUGCUUGAGGUGGAAGGAGAGGCGACGCAGCAACUGGGGCCCGGGGCCGACCAGGGCCAAGGAGGGGGCGGUCCCGCAGCCAUGGCUGACUCGAAAGAUGUUGACAUGUAUGCCUCGCGGGUGAUGAUCAGCAACCAAGUGCCUUUGGAGCCGCCGUUACUCUUUCUCUUGGAGGAAUACAAAAACUACCUGGACGCCGCCAACAUGUCGAUGCGCGUGCGGCGGCACUCAGACCCCGCGCGGCGAGGGGAGCUCAGCGUUUGUGACAGUAUUAGCCAGUGGGUGACGGCUCUGGACAAAAAGACGGCCAUAGACAUGUCGGGCCAGAUAACAGGGUAA